GAAGCCGUACGACAGUUUUGAGCGAAAAAACACCACGGAAGACUUGAUAAUAUGCUCCCCAAAACGAUAGCUUGCUUCCGCCGCCAUAUUGGCCGACGAGAGAUAAACCUGGAAACUACCAAAAAACGUGGGAUUUUCCAAUAUGGCCGCCACGAAACCCGAAGAAGUUGUCAAAAUUCCCCGAGGAAAACCAAAAUCUGGGCGGUUUUGGAAGAGCGACGGGGCAAAAAAGUCGGACAUGAUCAGUGUUCCUUCGCUUCACUCAUCUUGGGAGAAGAAAACCAAAAAGAAAGCUGAAGAAAAAGCGAUGAAAAGGCUCGAGAAAGAGCUGAAAGAGGCUGCUAAAGAGCAACGUCAGAAAAGGAAGAAGUUAAUAGAGGAGAGAAGGCAAAGACAGCAGGAAAAUGAGAAGAAAUCACAAGUUGUACAAGUGAUAACAAACACAAGAAAACUGAAGCGAAUGAAAAAGAAACAAUUGAGGCAGGUAGAAAAGAGGUGACAACUGGAAGAUAUGAAAUCAACAAUCUUUGUACCACAUUGGCAACAGGGUGGAUGAUCAGCAGGUACAUUCAAUUCUGAGACUGAAUUCUUCAAAUGACAAUGGUUAUAGGUUGAAUGAUGCAAUGCAGCAUUGCCUAUUACCCCAAGAAAACACCACUCAUAUCUUUCACUCAUGGAGGUGAUAGCAUAUAUUUAAUGUCAUAUUGGUUUAUAUAAAGUGUUUCAGUGCUCAGUAUUUAGCACUAAAUAAAGUUUGUGGUAGUUAAAACAC